AUGAUUGUCUUUAGAGUUCAACACACUCUUCCUUCAACCAUCAACAUCUUAAACAGAUCCCUCGGUACCAUUAAUCUUUCUCGAAGAUUGGGAACUUAUUUUCAAAACAGUUGUACCUUUGAUGAGGCCUGGCAUUUAAGGAACUGUAACUGGACAUCACAGCAGGUACCAUGUAGAGGGUUCAAAUCAGAAAGGUCCAGAAAAAGAAAUGAAGUGGCAGAGUCCAAGCAGUCCCAAGAGGCACAGGUGACUAUUGGACAUAGAGUUGUUGAGACAAGUAAGAAUGUGUCAUAUGUUGGAAUAAUAUUGGUUGGUGUUGGCAUCACAGGUUUAAUGUUUUAUACCAUUGGUAAAGAGUUGUUCUCAUCCAACAGUCCAAAUACUAUCUAUACGAAUGCUUUGAAAUUAUGCAAAUCAGACCAAAGGGUCAUUGAUUCGGUAGGUGUACCUAUCAAAGCAUAUGGUGAGACAACUAGGAGAGGUUGGAGAAAACAUGUAAGUCAUUUGGAAUAUGAAAAAGAAGGAGUAGGUUACCUCAGAAUGAAAUUCUACAUUCAGGGAAGAUUUAGAAAAGGAACUGUGAACUUGGAAAUGAAGAAGAGUUCCUCAGGCGUGUAUGAUUACCGCUAUCUUUUUGUUGACCUGGAUGGUUAUCCCCAACAGACCAUAGUUAUUAAGGAUAACAGAUAAAAUCAUCAGCAGUGGAAAUUCAGGCACACAUAGCAUUGUAGAGAACUAGAUAGCUUUAUUUUACUGAAACUAAUCUUGGUUUUCAUUACAUAUUGUGAUAUUUUUAUACUCGGACUGAUGUCACAUGAUCACAUAUUCUUAAUACCAAUCAAAACAUUACAAAUAAAUAUUUUCUCUACAGAAUGUACCAAAUUUAGACCAACAUUUUCCUAGUAUCAUGGCUGUCUUGAAUUGGUGUUUUAAAAUUGUCAUGGUAAUAUGCAAUAACCUAGUUAUGGCAAGGUAUAUAUGAUCAAAAUACUAACUCUAAAUUAAGCUAUGUGUAUUCACAAAAACAAUUUGAAACUUACCCCAAUUCACAACAGUCAUGACACAUACCAGUAUUAGUCACUUGAUGAUUAGAGAACAUAAACCACUUGUUUCCAGUAUUCCAAGUGUUGUGUGACACUAACAAACUGGCUAGUACAGACUUUGGACUAUUCACAUGUUCACAGAUAACAAAUAAAGACAUACAAGAUAUGAAAAGUCUAAA